AUGCACCUGUUUAUUUCACUGGUGCUCUUUCUCUCACUGGGCUAUGAUGCUCUGGCAGCGCCAGCGGGCGUCGUCCGAUCCCAGCACAAAAGCAAGUCUUUUCGUGUGGAACGCGUGAGACGCAGCGAUUACGUUCCGAAUGGCCCCGUUGCCCUCCGCAAGGCCUACCGCAAGUUCGGCAUUGCCCCAACCGAUUUCAGUGGGAUCGACCUGGACGAUUUCGAGCCUUUUGAUGUGAAGCACACCAGCAUGGCCGUGUCCUCCAACAAGGCCGCGGAUGAGACCGAGCAGACUGGCUCUGUUUCGGCAACCUCGGUCCAAGGCGACGUGGAGUUUGUAUCGCCCGUCCAGAUUGGCGGACAAACGAUCAUCAUGGACUUCGACACCGGUUCAUCUGAUAUGUGGGUUAUGAACACCGAGCUUCCCAAGUCCGCCAUCUCCGGACGAACCGUGUACAAUCCUAGCAACUCGAGCACAUUCCAAGAGGUCAAUGGCACGUUCAAAAUUUCCUACGGUGAUUCGUCGUACGCGAACGGUGGUCUGGGCAAGGAUACUGUUUCGAUCGGCGGCGCAGUCGUCAAGAACCAAAUAUUCGGACUGCCCACUGAAGUUUCAGAUUCAUUCAUCUCCGACGAAAACUCAAACGGACUCGUCGGACUCGGCUUCAGCUCAAUCAAUACGUUUGAUCCGGGCCCACAGAAGACUUUCUUCGACAACAUUGCCCCCGAUCUCGACGAGCCGGUUUUCACCUCCCGCCUAAAGAGCGAAGGUGUCGGUGAGUAUGAGUUUGGUACUAUCGAUCACAAGAAAUACUCCGGCCAGCUCGUGAAUGUCACCGUCGAUAACUCGAAUGGGUUCUGGGAGUUUGAGGCUGCGCAAUUUUCUGUGAAUGGAAGCUCUUUGCAAACGAUUACCGACACCCCGACUGCCAUUGCGGAUACCGGCACCUCGCUGAUGCUCGUCAGCCCUCAGAUUGUCAAGGCAUACUACGGUGGUUGGGCCCAGUACUCGGGCAGUGUUGGUGGAUAUAUUUUCCCGUGUGACUUUGAGCUGCCCAGCUUGUCGGUUGCGAUUGGAAACAAGUUCCAAGCGACUAUCCCCGGAUCACUAAUCAACUUUGCUGAGAUUGGAAAGAACAAGACGACCGGUGGAACUGUGUGCUAUGGUGGCGUGCAGUCCAACUCGGGCUCCAGUCUGCAGAUCUUCGGUGAUGUCUUUUUGAAGGCUCUCUUCGUUGUCUUCGACCAACGCGGUCCAUCUCUCGGUUUCGCAUCUCCUAAGUGA